GCCGCCGCCGCCACCCGCCGCCGCCAUGUCCUCCGACUUCGAGGGCUACGAGCAGGACUUCGCCGUGCUCACGGCCGAGAUCACGGGCCGCAUCGGGAAGGUGCCCAAGCUGCUGGGGGAUGAGAAGAAGCAGCUGAUUGCAAAUGUGGAGAAACAGCUGGAAGAAGCAAGAGAGCUGCUCGAACAGAUGGAGCUUGAAGUCCGAGAGAUCCCGCCUCAAAGCCGAGGAAUGUAUAGCAGCAGAAUGAGGAGCUACAAGCAAGAAAUGGGAAAACUUGAAGCAGAUUUUAAAAGGUCACGGAUCGCCUACAGUGACGAGGUGCGGAAUGAGCUCCUAGGGGAUGAUGGGAAUUCCUCAGAGAACCAGUUGAUAAAAUUACGUGAAGAGAGGGCACAUCUGCUCGAUAACACAGAGAGGCUGGAAAGGUCAUCUCGGAGACUAGAGGCUGGAUACCAAAUAGCAGUGGAAACCGCGCACUUCAUCAAAACACUGCACAAAAGUAGUAUAUUUUAGCUGCCAAAAGAACAUUUCUACCUAAACAUAAAAAGGAUGAAAGAGUGACUUCUGAAAACGCAGAGACUAAAAUGAUUACCAGAAAGAUCGUAAUUAAUGUGCAGUAGAUUUUUUUCUGUUUGCAAAAGUAUGACAGGUUUCCAGACAAGAAAUUGCUCUGCAGCAGGUUUGAAUAUAACAAGAUGACUAUAAAAAGUUCUAAAUGACAAAGUAUUGGUGGAGAGGUGUUAUUUUGUAUCAUAGCUGUUUUUGUAUAUAAACAUUGAAAUGUCAGGUUUUACAUAGCUUGAAAUGUCUAAAAAAAUGCCUAUUGCUGAAUUUCAAAUGUCAUAACAAUACUUCUGCAUAUAUAUCACUUUGAUAUUUAAACUUAAAAACCUCAUAAAUGAUUUAAUAUCACUUUGGCCUUGUUAUGAUCUAACUGCCAAAAGAGGCAAAGAGGCUGAUUUUUAUCUGGUCCACAGAGUUGUGUUUUCCUUCACACACGACAAAGCUCAAGUCUGUUAGACUUUUACAGUCAUUAAUUUUGUCUGAUAUGUGUGCAGUGGUCUUGGAGAAUGGAUUGCCACAUUUAAGAACCUUCCCCCCCCCAUUAAAUGACAAUGUAAUGUAGUAUUGAAUAGUGAGCAUAAGACUGUAGUGUAAUUUUUAC